CGCGCGUACGACCAGAAGCCCACUAGACGGUUAACGUCCACGCGUCCAUGUGCCGGUCACGCGAUACCACGCGAUGGUAUAGUAUUUUUUUUCGCUCUUACAAACGGUUUGACAUUCAUCCACGGCGGACCACGAGCGCGCGCUCAGACGAGAACGAAAAUAAAACGUACUAAACGCGUAUAUUAUUGGAUCAAUUUAUGCCAUUAAAUAUCUAUCGACGGAACCGAAUUUUCCCGAUUAAUUAUCUUACAAUCGGUGUAGUUGUGAAUUUUUUUCGCGAAUUUUUUCCGUAAAUUUCGUUCAUAAUUUUUGUCACCCGCCGCGCGGUUUAGUCACAAAACGUUUCGCCGCGUCUCAUUAUGUCGGUCGAAUUUGAAUAUCCGCGUUUGGUUUGAUGCGUAAAAUAAUUAAUAAUAAUAUUAUUUAUAGUACGAACAGUGUCUGUUCUACACGUUUAAUACCGCGUUAAAUAGUAAUAUUAUUAUUUUAUAGUAUACGUCUUGUUAGUUUCGUGUUUGUUGUUCCAUCCGUUUCGAACAGGGUUUAACUGUGACAGCUUAUAUCGCAAUAUUUAUUGACAGGUGAUCAUAAAUAUAUUCAAUAAGGAUGUCAUCCGAAAAACCAAAGUUAUUGGGAUUUUUUUUUCAUUUUUGACGUUCGAUAAAUGGAUUCAGUGAUAAUACCAUUAGAACAUAACAAUAUUAAAAAUGAAAUUCGAUUUCCGAGGAAUAAACAUUUUAACGUAUUUCAUAUGCCUCUCUUUUAUACCAGUGUCAUUGUGCCUAAUGCAGAACGUAUUAAAUUUAAAUUAUUGGCAAUGUGUAAUGAAAAGAACGGAUCAAUGUCCAGACAUGGAUAUAAAAAUAUUUUUGUAUUCCAGUGGUGCUAAACGAAAAAAAUUGAUUGAUGUUCGAAACAAAAACUCACUUCGGUACAGCGGUUGGGAUCCUAGCAAAAAAAACGUCAUCAUUAUUCAUGGUUUUAACGGAACAGAAAGCAAGACCCCGAUGACAAUCAUCAGAAACGCAUACCUGAAUCGAAAAGACUACAACGUGUUUACCGUGGACUGGGAACCGCUGACGUUUUUCCCGUGUUACCUGUCAUCGCUGAGCAACACCAGGCUGGUGGCCCAAUGCACGGCUCAGUUUUACGCCCACCUUACCUAUUCUGGGGCAUCGGCAUACGACAUACAUUGCGUCGGUCACAGUCUCGGGGCCCACAUAUGUGGAAUGAUAAGCAAUCAUUUGACACACAGACAGCACAAGAUCAUAGGUCUAGAUCCAGCCAGGCCACUGGUCGAUAGAUACGGUUCGGCCGAAUUCCGGUUAACCAGGGACGAUGCAACCGUGGUACAGGUAAUACACACGAACGCGGGAUUCCUCGGCGAGACGCCUCAAGUAGGACACGUUGACUUUUGCGUGAACGGUGGCCGCCUGCAGCCAAGUUGUGCCAAGGAGCCCAGGACUAUCCGCCGAGCCCGGUGCAGUCACUUCCUGAGCGCUUGUUUCUUCGCGGCUUCGGUCUCGGAACGGGGCAAGCGCCACCAAGGCAUACCCUGUACGUCCACCUGCGAACCACUAUCCAGGAAGUUCGUCAAGGACGUACCCGUGUCCAUGGGAUUCCACACUCCGGACAAUGCUCGAGGGACGUACUGCAUUCAAAUGCGGAACAGUAAAGCGUGUCCAUUCGAUUAGACCGGAACCUCCAACGGGUAAAUAAGGAGACGCGUUCGGAGAACCCGAGAAAACAAGACGAGAAAUUAUACAGGUAAACACGAAUGAAAAAAAAAAUGCGAUGCGCAUCAGAAGAAACGGAAAAUCCAAACUAAACCAAAGAUUGUUUAUGUGCCAACUGGUUACCGUAGUUAAAUAUGACGCAUCGUUUCUAUGUAUUAUCUUUAAUAACUUGUACAAUAAAUUAUAUAAUAAUUAUUAAUAAAUGAUACGAUAACAAA